GGGCGUCACUGAUCUGGCUGGAGCUUUUCCUCAAGCUGAUCUGAGUUUCUGGAAGGCUUUCUUCGAUUUUUUCUGUGAGUUUCUGAGGGUUUCCCUCGGCGUUUGCUCCGGUGUUUGCUCCAGUGUUUACUCGGUGUUCCCUCCGGUGUUUCCUCGGUGUUUCAUCCGGUGUUUCCUCCAGCUGCCUGCCGGCCCUCUGCUCGCUGCUGGCCGGAGAUGAGUGCUCAGUUCCCGGCUCACCUGGACCUGGAGGAGGAGGAGGACCUGGAGGUCUUCAGCAAGAACACCUCUCUCACAGAUGGAGGUCCCAGCUCUCCCAGCUCCAUGAUGAACCAGUACAGAGAGGAGGAAGAGGAGGAGCUCUUCAUCACCAUAGACCAUCCAGAGAGUCAUGUGACCGCCAUCGAGACCUUCAUCACCUACAGGGUGAUGACCAAGACGUCCCGCAGUGACUUCGACUGCAGUGAGUUUGAAGUGAGGAGGAGAUAUCAGGACUUCCUCUGGCUGAGGAGCACUUUGGAGGAGAAUCAUCCUACACUCAUAGUGCAU